AUCUGUAAGCCAUAAGAACUCGGGAGAAUUGGAGAUUCAGGGUUCGUAUUUUAUUUUCGAAGUGAUAUUCAGAGUAGGUAUUCUCGGCGUCACUGCACCGAUCGGUUCGAAUAGUGAAGUAUCGCAUUGUUCGUCCAAUUAAAGAUCAAGGUAGCGCACUGUGAUUUGGUCGAUCACCGGGUUGGCCGUUGUUCAUCUGUGUAAAUUCUUGCGCACGGCGAUUCUUUGGCUUGGUUUCGUUGGCUGCUCGGAAAAUUGGCUCCCAGGUAGCCCGAUGGAGUGCGCCGACUUCUUGAUCGCCGCGGGGAGGUCGACGUCGUCGGGGUCUCCGCGGUGGCGCCCAGCGAAGCAGUGGCGGAAGGCAAUGAACGUCAUCCGGACGUGCCACAGGCUGGCCCGCCUCCUCACGGCCAGCAUCAUGAGCCGAACCGGCUCCUAUGUCGCUAUCAAGAUCCAUGCCGACGACGGUUCUGAGUCCGACGCCGCUGGCACGUCCGAUUCCGCCGCCGCCGCCUCGGAAUUGUCCAUCGUGGCCCACGACGAGAAAUUCAAGGGCCUGGUCAAGGAAAAGCGCCAUGACUGCUUCCGACGUCUCGGCGGCGGCGCCUGGAUUGCCGCGGCCCUGGCAUCGGACGCGGAGGGCGGCAUCAGCGGGGACGAGCGCGACCUGCGGCGCCGCCGGGAGGCGUUCGGCGAGAACACGUUCCCUAGGCGGAAGCCCAAGAGCUUCUGGAGCCAUGUCUGGGAUGCCCUCAGCGACGUCUUCCUCAUCGUGCUCCUCGUCUGCGCGGGGGUCUCCCUCGGCUUCGGCAUCAAGGAGCACGGCCUGAAGGACGGGUGGUACGACGGCGUCAGCAUUUUCCUCGCCGUGUUCCUCGUCGCGGCGGUGUCCGCGGUCAGCAACCAUGGCCAAGCCAAGCGGUUCGACAGGCUGGCCGGCGAGUCGGACAACAUCUCCGUCACUGUCGUACGCGGCGCGCGCAGGCAGGAGGUCUCCAUAUUCGACCUCGUCGUGGGCGACGUGGUUGUACUGAAGAUCGGCGACGUCGUGCCGGCGGACGGCGUGUUCUUGGAGGGGCACGCGCUGCAGGUGGACGAGUCUAGCAUGACCGGGGAGCCCCACCCGGUGGACGUCGACGCCGAGAAGAGCCCCUUCCUCGCCUCCGGCGCCAAGAUCAUCGACGGCUACGGCCGGAUGCUCGUCACGGCUGUCGGCAUGGACACCGCGUGGGGCGAGAUGAUGAGCAGCAUCACGCGGGAGAACACCGAACCAACGCCGCUGCAGGAGCGCCUUGAGGGCCUCACUUCCAGCAUCGGCAAGGUCGGCAUCGCCGUUGCGGUGCUCGUCUUCGCCGUGCUCACCGCGCGCCACUUCACCGGCAGCACCAGGGACGACCAGGGCAAACCUCUGUUCGACAAGCAGCGCGUCACCUUCAACGCCGUGUUCAGCGCGCUCGUUGGGAUCUUCCAGCAGGCCGUCACCAUCAUCGUCGUCGCCAUCCCCGAGGGCCUCCCGCUCGCGGUGACGCUGACGCUCGCCUUCUCAAUGAAGCGGAUGGUCAAGGAGCACGCCCUGGUGCGCCGGCUCUCGGCGUGCGAGACCAUGGGCUCCGUCACUGCCAUCUGCACCGACAAGACAGGGACGCUUACGCUGAACCAGAUGAAGGUGACCGAGUUCUGGGUCGGCACCGAUCGGCUGAGGGCGGCGGCCGCGGUUGACGGCGGCGUCGUCAGCUUGUUGUCCCAGGGAGCAGGGUUGAACACCACCGGAAGCGUGUACAAGCCGGACAACGUCUCGCCGCCGGAGAUAACCGGCAGCCCGACGGAGAAGGCCCUGCUGUCGUGGGCCGUGGCGGAGCUCCGCAUGGACGCCGACGCAUUGAAGAGGAGCUGCAAGGUGGUGCACGUCGAGGCGUUCAAUUCCGACAAGAAGCGCAGCGGCGUGCUGAUCAGGGAGAACGCGACCGGAGCGGUGCUAGCGCACUGGAAAGGCGCCGCGGAGAUGAUCUUGCAGAACUGCUCAACGUACGUCGGUGCUGACGGCGCGGCGCGCGAACUCGGUGUGGAGCAGAGGAGAAACCUUGAGAAGGUCAUCAGCGACAUGGCGGCAGGUAGCCUCCGGUGCAUUGCCUUCGCCUACAAGCAGGUCGACGGCGAGCACUCAAAGAUCGACGACGAGGGGCUGACAUUGCUGGGCUUUGUCGGCUUGAAAGACCCGUGCCGACCAGAGGUCAGGGCCGCCAUUGAGGCAUGCACGAAUGCGGGCGUCGUAGUCAAAAUGGUCACCGGUGACAACGUCCUCACGGCCCGCGCCAUUGCCCAGGAGUGCGGCAUCAUCUCCAGAAACGACCCCGAGGGUAUCGUCAUCGAGGGGCACGAGUUCCGCGCCAUGCCGUCGGAUCAGCAGCUCGAGAUCGUGGACCGCAUCCGCGUGAUGGCGCGGUCGCUGCCCAUGGACAAGCUGAUGCUUGUGCAGCGGCUGAAGCAGAAGGGCCACGUGGUCGCAGUCACCGGCGAUGGCACAAACGACGCGCCGGCGCUCAAGGAGGCCGACGUCGGCCUGUCCAUGGGCGUCCAGGGCACCGAGGUCGCCAAGGAGAGCUCCGACAUCGUCAUCCUCAACGACAACUUCGACACGGUGGUGACGGCCACCCUCUGGGGCCGCUGCGUGUACAACAACAUCCAGAAGUUCAUCCAGUUCCAGCUCACCGUCAACGUCGCCGCGCUCGUCAUCAACUUCGUGUCCGCGGUGACCACGGGCAAGAUGCCGCUGACGACCGUGCAGCUGCUGUGGGUGAACCUGAUCAUGGACACCAUGGGCGCGCUGGCGCUGGCGACGGACACGCCCACCAAGACGCUCAUGCGUCGCCCACCCAUCGGCCGCACGGCGCCGCUCAUCAGCAACGCCAUGUGGCGCAACCUCGCCGCGCAGGCCGCGUUCCAGGUGGCCGUGCUGCUGGCGCUGCAGUACCGCGGCCGCGCCAUCUUCGGAGUCAGCGAGAAGGCCAACGGCACCAUGAUCUUCAACGCGUUCGUGCUCUGCCAGGUGUUCAACGAGUUCAACGCGCGGGAGAUAGAGCGGAGGAACGUCUUCGCCGGCGUGCUCCGGAACAAGAUGUUCCUGGGCAUCAUCGCCGUGACGCUCGCCAUGCAGGUGGUGAUGGUGGAGGUGCUGACGAGAUUUGCUGGCACGGAGAGGCUCGGCUGGGCGCAGUGGGGCGCCUGUGUCGCCAUUGCCGCCAUGUCGUGGCCUAUUGGAUGGGCUGCCAAAUUCAUCCCCGUGCCGGACCGGCCGCUUCAUGAGAUCCUGGCAAGGCGGAAAUUCUUCUAGGUAUCCGGAGGAUGGCACAUCAACAAAUUAAAAAUAAUGUUUCUUCAUAUUAGGUAUAACUUAAUCAUUCUUUGACUUGUUAUUUGUUACAGUUUAGCUAUGUACUUGCACCUCUUGGUUUUAUCAGUGUUCAUCAGAUCA